AUGAGUAAGAUACCAUAUGCCUCACAUUCCUUGUCUACUGGAGAGACAGGAAGCAGCAGUCUAGACUCUAAGCCUGAAGCACCGUUCAGAGCACGACUCCAUACUAUCACACUUUAUUUCUAUCUAUCUAUCUAUCUAUCUAUCUAUCUAUCUAUCUAUCUAUCUAUCUCACUUUGUUUAUAUAUAUAUAUAUAUAUAUAUAUAUAUAUAUAUAUAUCACGCUGUUUCUAUCUAUCUAUCUCACUUUGUUUAUAUCUAUCUAUCUAUCUAUCGAUCUAUUUAACUCACUCUGUUUCUAUCUAUCUAUCUAUCUCACUCUGUUUCUAUCUAUCUAUCUAUCUAUCUAUCUAUCUAUCUAUCUAUCUAUCUAUCUAUCUCACUAGGUUCAUAUCUAUCUAUCUAUCUAUCUAUCUAUCUAUCUAUCUAUCUAUCUAUCUGUGCAUCUACUUUCUUUCUUCUUUUCUUUCUUUCUUUCUUUCUUUCUUUCUUUCUUUCUUUCUUAGUUUUUCUACUCGUUUUUAUUUCCUCAUCCGUCUUUUCUUUCUUUCUUUCUUUCUUUCUUUCUUUCUUUCUUUCUUUCUUUCUUUCUUAGUUUUCUACUGUUUUUAUUUCCUCAUCCGUCUUUUCUUUCUUUCUUUCUUUUUUUCUUUCUUUCUUUUUUUUAUUUCUUUCUUUCUUUCUUUCUUUCUUUCUUUCUUAGUUUUUCUACUCGUUUUUAUUUCCUCAUCCGUCUUUUCUUUCUUUCUUUCUUUCUUUCUUUCUUUCUUUCUUUCUUUCUUAGUUUUUCUACUCGUUUUUAUUUCCUCAUCCGUCUUUUCUUUCUUUCUUUCUUUCUUUCUUUCUUUCUUUCUUUCUUUCUUUCUUUCUUUCUUUAUUAGCGCCUACUUUGUUUUCUCCCAUCUGAUCUUACUUUCUUUUUCUUUCUCUUUGUUUAUUUCAGUUUGA